AUGGGAUCCAACGUGGAGCUGGUAUGGCCAGAGUCAGAGGCAUAUUCCUCACGGGUGAACAACUGCUCACAUGAAAAUUCAUCCCUAGCUGUAAUUCGAGCGAAGUUGAGUGCCGAACAAUUAGAACAAUUCAAGACAUCAUGCUUUGGCCAUCUUCUGAAUAUAGAUAAGAUUCAGUUUAGCGGGCAGAUUGUGCAUGGGGUUGUGUUGCGUAGAGUAGCGGGGCAGGGUGUGAAAGACUUGGAUGGACUGAGUUUCUUAAUAGGGUGCGACGUUGCUCAGUUCACUCGUCAGGAUUUCUGUUUGAUCUCAGGGCUUCGUUUUGGGGAAGUGCCUGAAGUUUCCAGUGGAGAAAGUGAUGAAAUUAGACUUCAGGAAAGAUAUUUUAUAGACGAAGGAAUUACAUGUAAUGCUUUAGAAGAAGCAUUUUUGAGGUGCACAGAGGGAGAUGACGUCUACAAGCUAGCUCUUGUUUACUUUGCUGAGUUAGUGGUUUUGGGAAGGGACAAACAUUUGAACAUCAAUCUAAAUUACCUGACCCUUGUAGAGGACUUGGAUGCGUUCAACAGGUAUCCAUGGGGUUCGGUGUCGUUUGACAAAACCCAAGACAGUCUGUUUUCUGCACCAACAAAGUAUGUGAAAAGCUUUGAAAAUGAAGAGGGAAGAGGGAAGGGGAAAAGUAAGGUAACCGGAACAAGGCGGAGAAAUGAGAAGGGCAAGAAGGAUAACCAUGGUGAAGUGCAAAGGGGUGGCUGGAGUUUUAAAGGUUUCACGUAUGCUUUCCAGAUUUGGGUAUAUGAAUUAAUUCCUAGAAUGUCGAACCUGAAUUACUGCAAGGUUGUUGAUCCGACAGCUCUCCCGCGUAUUUUGCGAUGGAGAACUACUACGUCUGUUCCCGAGAUGAGAAAGUUGAACAAUUAUUUUUUCCAGAGCAAAGAGUCAAUUCAGUUGCGGGCGCUAUGUCCAAGUGAAGAGGAAAUGAGACAACCAUAUUGGAGUUGGCCACAGGGUCGCCCUGCUGUUGUCUCGGCAGAGUCAAUUCCUUCUUCAUGUGCUGACCUUGAUGAGUUGAACAAGGCGGUAAGCUUGUUGAGGUCCGAGUUGAAGGAUGGAAAAAAUUUUGGACCACUGUUUAGGUCCUCAUUUUGA